GGCAGUGCGCAUGCGCAGACUCUUUCUUCAUCACCGCUGUGCGCGCGCCUUCUCCAUCCAGCGACGGCUCCUCAUCUAUUUUCAGAAGUUAGACUGAAACAGACUGAGCUUUUCCUGUCAGUGAGGAUGGGCGCUUUGAAUCAACACAGCAACCUGUUCUGCCGGGCGGAGUAAUGUGAUAUGUCUGGUAAUAGGCUAGAGUAGUGCGGGUUCUUGUUUUAGGCCUAUUUUAUUUCUCUUUCUGUAACCAGGAACAGGCUGGAGAGAGGCGGCGCGGCUGGGCCGUGACUGUCUGUGUGGCUUGACUGGAAGCUAGCUGUAGCAGCUUUCCGAGCAGUUUGGACUUCAGCAUCCGUUUUCUUCCGUUUGGACUCCUUAUAUUUGUUUGAUAAAUACACGGUUUUAUUGAUUUGCACCUAUUGUCUGACAAGGUGAAGCGAAAUUUCUUUUGAAAGUGGAUUUUCUCGAAGAAGGACCAGCUCUCAUUUUACUGCUAAACCCGAGAAAAUAACUGAAGGAGAGGACUACUAUUUUGUAUCGACGGUCGGAUGAUUCAGUACCGUUAUGGACAUGUUUAUGGAUGUAGCUUACACACUUUAUCACAACUGCUCACUUCUCAGUAGGCUAGUAAUUUCCGGCACAUCCAACAUAAAGUAGAGAUAAGUCUAUCUUGUGCUUUUAACUGCAGUGUAAUUAUUAUUAUUAUUAUUAUUAUUAUUAUUAAAUGCGUGGCAAGAGCUAGCUAGCUAGUUAGCAAACUUAGUUGAAUUAAGGGUUAGUUAGUUUUAGUUAUUUAUUUAACAGAUUCUCCUCGAGCGGUAAAAAAGAUGUCGUUUUUCAACCUGCGGAAGAUAUUUAAGCUUGGCAUCGACAAGAAGAAGAAACAAUACGAACACGUUCACAGAGACGUGAAUCCGGAGGAAGUGUGGGAGAUUGUGGGAGAGCUCGGAGAUGGAGCCUUUGGGAAGGUCUACAAGGCUCAGAACAAGCAAACAGGCGUACUUGCAGCUGCUAAAGUGAUUGACACCAAGACAGAGGAGGAGCUGGAAGACUACAUGGUUGAGAUAGAUAUCCUUGCUUCCUGUGACCAUCAGUACAUUGUCAAACUGCUUGACGCAUUCUACUUUGAGAGCAAGUUAUGGAUACUUAUUGAGUUUUGUGCAGGAGGUGCAGUCGAUGCUGUCAUGUUGGAGCUGGAGCGGCCACUGACAGAGCCACAGAUCCGUGUGGUGUGUAAACAGACCCUAGAAGCCCUGGCUUAUCUUCAUGAGAAUAAGAUCAUCCACAGAGACUUGAAAGCUGGAAACAUUCUGUUUUCUUCAGAUGGUGACGUCAAGCUGGCUGACUUUGGAGUGUCUGCGAAAAACACUAGGACUCUACAAAGAAGAGACUCUUUCAUUGGGACUCCUUACUGGAUGGCCCCUGAAGUGGUGAUGUGUGAGACAUCAAAAGACAGACCGUAUGACUACAAAGCGGACAUCUGGUCCCUUGGGAUCACACUGAUCGAGUUGGCACAGAUUGAGCCUCCCAAUCACGAGAUGAACCCUAUGAGAGUCCUGCUCAAAAUAGCCAAGUCUGAGCCCCCUACACUCAUGCAGCCCUCCCGAUGGUCUCCAGAGUUCAGUGAUUUCCUGAAGAAAGCUCUGGAUAAGAAUGUAGACCACAGAUGGAGCUCAACACAACUCCUACAGCAUCCAUUUGUUUUAAGUGUAAAUGAUAACAGACCUCUGCGUGAGCUGAUUGCUGAAGCUAAAGCAGAAGUGUUUGAGGAGUUUGAGGAAGGCAAAGAAGAAGAGGAAGAAGAGGAGACAGACACACAGAUGGAUGUGCGGGGACAUAAGCGUGCACUGUCUGAAAUCAGCGCUGGCAGCUUAGAGGACGAGAAGCUUUCUGAGAAUGCGUCUAUGCUGGAAUCAGUCACUGAGAUAGCUGAGCCACAGGCAAAACCCAAAACAGCUGAGGACAGUAAGAGGAGCUCAGCUGUGGUUCUGGAUUCCUCUGAUCCUGACCAUGCUGAUGAAGAGAGCAGAAAGGCAGCUGCAACUGCAGACCUCAGUCCUAAAGACUCGCAUGCUGGAGACAAGAGUGUGUCAAGCCAGGAAGAAAUCCAGACUUCAGAAAGCACUGCUGAGGAGAAGAUUCCUGAAGUUCCAGAGACCCAGAAAGAUGCUGUCCAGAAGACCGUGACUGUCAGUGAAGAGACUGGAGAGGAGGAGAAGGAGCAGACUAGGAUGAAUGAACCUACUGAGAGCUGUGAGGAAGAAAAGGAAAUGGUGGAUGAACAAAAAGAUCAGCAGGUCGAGAAGAAAGAGGAAAUGAAGCCAGAACUCUUAGUAGAGGAAUGUUCUGAACCUGUGGAAAUAACUGAACCACAGAACACUCUCCCUGAAGAAGCUGUUACUGAAGAGGGUGAGGUGUGUAUGGAUGACACAGGAAAGACAAAGAACUUGGUUGAGACUGAAGGAGUGACAGAGAAGAGGAAAGAGGAUGUACAGCAAGAGAAAGUGGGAGAAGAAACUGGUGUUGAUAUGCCUGCAGAGGAGGAAAAGGAAGAGGUGGAAGAAAAGAAGCUCCAGCCAGAAGCUGAAGAGGACCAACCUAAAAAUGAAGUAGAUGCUAAGGAGUCUAUACAAGUGGAAAACAAAACAGAGUCAGUGACCAAUACAGUUAUUAAAGAUACACCUGCUGAGACAGAGAAAAUGGUGAAUGAAAGUAAGACCUCUAUGGAUGUGUCACCUGCCAUUAUCAUUAAUGGAGAAAAGGAUGAGGUAGACCAUAUGUCAAAGAAAACCCCAGAAACAAAUAAUGAGCAAUCUGCAUCCCCUGAAGCAUCUACAGAGGAUGAGGUAGACCAGAACAGAGCUGUGUCAAUUAAACCCGAUAUUGAGAAGGAUUCUGAUUCAGGAAGCAGCUCUGCAGCAGAUACCAACAGCAUUGACAUGAACCUUUCUAUCUCCAGCUUCCUGUCCAGAAGUAAAGACGGAUCUAUUUCUGUACAGGAUGCCAAAUACCAGAAGAAGACUCUGAAAAAGACGCGCAAGUUUAUGGUGGAUGGGGUGGAGGUCAGCGUCACCACUUCAAAAAUAGUUACUGAUAAUGACACCAAGAAUGAAGAACUGCGGUUUUUAAGGCGUCAGGAGCUGCGUGAGCUGAGGCUGCUACAGAAGGAGGAGCAAAGAGCCCAUCAACAGCUUACCAAUAAGCUGCAGCAGCAGAAAGAGCAACUGUUCCGGCGCUUUGAGCAGGAGAUGACAGUAAAGAAGCGUCAGUAUGACCAAGAAGUGGAGAACCUAGAGAAGCAGCAGAAGCAGACUGUUGAGCGUAUGGAACAAGACCACACCAAUCGUCUGAGGGAUGAGGCUAAGAGGAUCAAAUCUGAGCAAGACAAGGAGCUCUCCAAGUUCCAGAACAUGCUAAAGAAUCGCAAGAAAGAGGUCAAACAGGAGAUCGGCAUGUCCCCCAAACACAUGAGAAAAGAGCUUAUGAAACGCUUAAAGGAAGACCUCGUUGUUAUUCAGCAAGAAGAGGAACAGGAGUUUCUGCAGAAGCAACAGCAGGAACUGGAUGGCGCUCUGAAGAAGAUCAUCCAGCAGCACAAACUAGAGAUCGCCACCAUAGAAAGAGAUUGCCUCAACCAUAAGCAGCAGCUUAUGAGAGCGCGUGAGGCAGCCAUGUGGGAGUUGGAGGAGCGCCACCUGCAGGAGAAGCACCAGUUGCUGAAGCAGCAGCUGAAAGAUCAGUACUUCAUGCAGAGGCACCAGCUCCUAAAAAGACAUGACAAGGAGAUGGAGCAGAUGCAGGGUUAUAACCAGCGCCUGAUAGAAGAGAUGAAAAACAGGCAGGCUCAGGAGAGAGCUCGACUACCAAAGAUCCAGCGCAGUGACGCAAAGACUCGUAUGGCCAUGUUUAAGAAAAGUCUGCGCAUCACUGGCACAGGAACUCCGGAACAGGACAGAGAGAAAAUUAAGCAGUUUGCUGCACAGGAGGAGAAGAGACAGAAGAAUGAGCGACUUCAUCAGCACCAGAAGCAUGAGAACCAGAUGAGAGACCUUCAGCUUCAGUGUGACUCCAACAUCAGAGAGCUUCAACAGCUACAGAAUGAGAAGUGCCAUGUGCUAAUUGAGCAUGAGACUCAGAAGCUGAAGGAGCUGGAUGAGGAGCACAGUCAAGAGCUUAAAGACUGGAGAGAGAAACUUCGUCCCAGGAAGAAGGCUCUUGAAGAAGAGUUCACUCGGAAGAUGCAAGAACAGGAGGUCUUCUUUAAAAUGAGUGGGGAAUCAGAAUGCCUGAACCCCACUGCCCAAAGCAGAGUUUCUAAAUUCUACCCUAUUCCUAGUGUCCAUUCCUCUGGUUCAUAACCCAGAUCAUAUGAGGCAGCAGAAGGCUCUGUAGGUGCAACAUCAGCCUGGUGCGCCUUCUCUGUCUGAACUUCCACUGUAUGUGACUGGAGGAACAUUGGAUUGAAGUUAAUGAAGUUCACCUGAAUAUGGAGGGGACUAAACAGCAUUUCAGCAAUGGAAAACGAGUUAAUUAGUAAAUUGCCCACUCUUAAACUAUGAAUCCAAUGGAUUAAUAUUUUAUUUCUUUUUCUGUAGGCUGCUGGGAGUUUUGCAUGGCUAUGGCACUAGAAGAGAUUAGACACACACACACUUUUGUCUUGGGAAAUUGGGAAAAAGCAUCAGCUGACUAAAGUCUGUACAAGGUCUAUGAUGUAUGAUUUCCACUACGAUUAUGGUCUAACUUGGUAAUGUAUCCCCUGAAUCAUUGAAACUGUAGAAGACCAACAACCUUGUCAGUGUGUGUAUGUGUGUCUGUGUGUGUAUAUGACGCACAGAUGUAUGCCUUGUAUCAAAUUGAGCUGCCUUUUCUUACGUCUCGGAUAACUUGCUUUUCACUGUUUUCCACUGUUUGAGAGUCUUCAGUUUCUUAUUGUUUCUGUGUUGUUUCAGCAAAUGCAUUUUUAUGGCCUGUCAUAACUCCAGUAUAAUAAACAUUAGACCUUACAACAGCCAUAACUGAGGGAAGGUGAGAUGUUAAUGAGGGCUACCUUUUUCUCUACAUACAGAUAUAAAAGCAUAUUGUACAAGUUCUACUAGAUGUUGUGAAAUAUCAGAAGCAACUUCUCAUAUGCGCACAAUAUUAAACCUGUCUCUAAACUAGCAGCUGUGCAGUUUCUAAGUAUACAAGAAAGGAAGUGGGUUACUUAUGUUAUAGCCUCAAAAGGAAACUUGAGGUUGCAGGUUAACUGAGAAUGUAAUUUUUCACUGUUUGAGAAAGGAAGAAGAGGGUGACUGUAUAAUUACCUAUGUGUUAUGUCCAGUGCUUUCUUUAUGAAGAAUUAAUUAUACAAAGUGUAAACUUGCACAUAUUACUCUGUUUACUAUGGUUCGUUUGAACUUUUUGUUGAUGGGGAUGGCUCUGGUAUUUGGAUGUAUAGCAGUGUGAGAAUGUUCAUUGCCUUCCAUUGUUUUGUUUUUUUUUGAAUAACUAUUUCUUUGUAUCUAUUUCUGUCAUGCAAGAAUGCCACUAGUGCAUAAAUUCUGCUAUGCGGCUCAUGCAUAUGUGGCCUAAUCCUGCAUCAUUUCAAGUUACAUGUCAUGCAGACUUGACACAGCUCUUCCGAUUUAGGGAUCAAGAAGGCUGCUUUAGACGGUUUUCUGCUUAGCAACGGGGAGAGUGACGACAAAAUGAGUUCCCAGCAUGCUCUGUGUGCAGCCAACAACUGGUACCAGACUCCCAGCAGCAGGAGCACAUCUGCACUGAGAAACAGUGCUUUUAGCAGAUGCAUCUUAUUUUAUUGUUUUGUUCUUUUCUGAUUUUUUUUUUUUUUUGUCAGAAAUACAUAUUCAGUGCAUUUUCUGUACAACAUUUACAAUGCUGGCAUAUGUGUCCAUACUACUCUUGCAUGCUGAAUCCUGAAUGCUGGAUUUGACUAAGAACUGGAGCUCUAUGGACUUUACUCUCUUUAAGUCCCAUUUUAUGCUAGUAACGGCUUCGGUUGAAACCCUAGAGCUGCAUAUGAUGCGUCACAGAUCAGGAUCUUUGCCACUGGGAUAGCAACAAGUUAUCCUGGGGAUUUUAUUUGACUGGACAGUGGAAUUUAAACCUUGUGGCACUUAGGUGGUCUAAAGCAUUUUUAAAAUUGAUUUGGCUGAUAUACUGAAUAGCUCAUGUUAUGCUGUAAAUAAAAUCUUACCAUUGUAUUUUA